AUGGCCACCGACGCCGACGAAGCGCAGCGGCGACGCGAAGAAUGCGAACGCAAAGCCCGACGCGGGGAGAUGGAUCCUCGUUUGGAGUUCACAUUCCAACUGUUAAUCGACGCGACGCAACUGCCACGGCAUCAACUAAUGGACUACAUAUUCGAGGGCGAUAUGUUGGACGAAAUCAAUCAGCUCUUUUUGCCCAACAUGAAAAACAAGCUUUUGUGGUUCUAUCAAGAAGUAGAUGAGCCCGAGCCGCAACCAGCACAGGACCCUAACAAACCAGGACCCUCGCGCAGUGGCAUCGCAUCGAGCAGCUCAAAAACACCACAGGGUUCAUCACCCAGCGGAUCUGCACCGCCAAAGCCGAAAAAAUUGUUUCUUACUGACGGCUGGACUUGUGGCUUCACCGGGAUUUGCAUUUACAUCUUUCGUGUGAACACUUCAAAACAGUUGCCUGAAGAAGGCUUUCAAAAGGAUUUAUACUGUGGCGUUAUUGACGCAAAAAACAUCGGUCUGGUCACCUCGAUUGAGCGCAUUGUGGAAUAUGUCUUCAUGCAGGCAUUGGCGUUUCCGAGCUUGGAGGGCGAUGAAGAGGAUGUUAGUUGCGGACUGAUAAAAGGCCAAUUAUUGCCGGGUUUGAGGUCCUUUUGCAGUGCCUUACGUGUGUGCGAACAAGUUUGCGAUCAUGUGAAUAUUUUCGAUGAUAAAUGCGACAUGUUUGAGAAGAUCGAGCACGUCGAGGAGGUCAAAGAUAUGGCCAAGAACCAAGAAUUUUGCGGCCAACUGGAAGAACGUGUAAACAAUUGGAUAAAGGGGAUUAUGAAGAUACUUGGCGAGAGUGAACAACUGCGCAAGGAGAACGACUCCAGUGGUCCGCAAGAUGAGUUGGAGUACUGGAAGAAGCGUGGUGCCCUAUUUUCACAAUUGCUGGCACAUUUGCAAGAUCGCGAGGUGCAAUACACACUGCACUGCCUAUUUUUGGCUGGAUCGCGUGUAAUGCGCGUGUGGAAGGAGACUGACCGGAAGAUUACUUUUUGCUACAACGAAGCGCGCGAUAACUCGAAAUUCAUUCAGGCAAUGGAAACUUGUUGCCACUCUUUGUAUUUAGACGAUCCGGUGAGCAUGAAGCGGUCCAUACUAAGUUUGCUCCAAACAGUGCGUCUUAUCUACAGCGUCUCACAAUUUUACAACACUUCCGAGAGGACAUCUUCACUUAUGGUUAAGAUAACCAAUCAAAUGAUAGAAACCUGCAAAUCCUACAUCACUUGUCGCAGCAAGGAGACGAUUUGGUCGCAGGAUCGCAAUGUUAUACGCACCAAGUUAGGCAAUUGCAUUAAGCUAAAUCACAUCUAUCACGAAACUUACUAUACCGUUAGAGAGCAACCAUUUUUACCCAAUCAAACACCGUUCGGCUUCUCGGAAAACUUCGUUUUCGGAAAGUUUGACACAUUUUGCGAUCGCCUAUCGAAAAUUAUUUCCAUGUUUAAUCUAAUCGACGAUUACAACCAUUUGUUCGAGCGUCGCUUGGAGGGCUUACUGUUGGGCGAAACUCUCCAAGAUGCCAGCAAUCAUUUUGAGGAAGCCAAAAAAGAGAUCCUCUCGAAGAAAUACGAUUACUUGGAUCACCGCAAUGGUGAAUUUAAUGAAGAUUUCGAACGCUUCAUGAACAAAACCGAUACGCUGAAAGACACCAUCGCCACACUAAUCGAGACCAAUUUUGACACUGUGUGGGAGACGCCACAAUGUAUACGAUUUCUCACACGAUUCGAGAAAGUCAGCGAGAAGAUACCGCUCAGUAAAAUGGACGAAAAAUAUGUGCGCAUCAUAAAGUAUGUGGAUAGGGAAGUUGACCGAGUCAAUAAGAUGUUUAAGAAACAGCGCGACGAUCCACCCGUCUGCAGAAAUUUCCCUCCAAUCGCCGGCCGCAUACGUUGGAGCCAAGCCUUGGAUGCGCACAUGAAGGAACUGAUGGACGCAGUAUUGGAUCAUCAGGUGCUCAGCGGUCUCACCUUGACAAAAGAUUUGGAGAAUCGUUACAAUAAUGUGACAGCAAUGUUAAAGGAAUACGAAGAAGAGAUCGUAUCCAUUUGGUUGGAUCAGGAUGUUAGCGUAGCCGAUGCUUGCCUAUUACAGCCACUCUUGGCACUGCAAGGCGAACGUUUAAUCGUCAAUUUGCAUCCCACUAUACCGUUGCUCAUACGUGAAGCAAAAAUGCUGGCCAAAUUAAAUAUUGAAUUGCCAAUUGUGGCCGCGACGCUGAUGAGCCGCCAGAAGUACUUCACUACCAUACAAGACUCAUUAAAUUGUUUGAUCAAAAUGUUUUUGACAACUGUGCGUGCCGUAAAAUUGGAAGUGCGUCCAUUGUUUCUGCCACAACUGGUGCGUCUGACAGCGAUGCUGAAACCUGGCCUACACACCAUAAAUUGGACUCAUCAAAAUUGGACGGAAUUCUAUGAGCGUUGUAAACGCGCCAUCGAGACAUUCAAUGUGCUGGUUGCACGUGUGCACGACAUCUACUCCAACCGCAUCUUAAAUGUGCUCAUGUGGAUGCAGGAUGUCUCGUUACAAGUCUUGCCUGGAGAGGACGAAAUUUGGACGGUGGAAGAGUUUUUGGAGAAAAGUGAAGACGCCUGCAGGCACGCGGCCAUUGAAUUGAAUCGCAAAAGUCAAAUGGUUUCGGAGGCCGUGGAGGAAGUGCUGAAUUUGGUGGAUAAGGCGACUGAGACUUUCAAGCAAAUCGCCGGCGAUGAUGUUGUCACAUUGUUUGACGCAACAUCGCGAAAUCCAACUCAACCAUCAUCGGCGCGUAAGGGCGAGGAGGAGAGUGGUGCUGCAGCGUCAGGUGCUGCUGCUGGCGCCAAAGAAAAUGGUGCUAGUGGGGGCGGUGGCGGUGGCGGUGCUGCCGGUCAGCAGCAGGAUUGGAGCAUUUUAUGGUCUUGUUUUGAGAAUCCACUAACUCUCCUCUCGACCACCGAGAGUCUACCCAAGGGUAUGCAGGAUAUGGUGUGCAACGCUGUAGUGGAGAUGCGACGCUAUUACAGUCGAAAGGUGAUUGAUGUGCUGAUUAAGGUGAUACGUGGCACUUUGGACACUAUCAGGCGUCGUUUCAUCGCCGACGAGAAUGAUUCCAUACCGAAGAAACCGAUAUUCGCCCUGCAUGCACAACUGCAGAUCCCCAUUGUAGUGAUCAAACCGAAUCUGGAUGAGCUGCAAGAGAUACUGAUAACGGCUGGCAAAAAUAUUACCGGCAUUGCCAAAGGCGUUGCACAGUGGACAAGCGGCAAAGAGCCGCAAGUAUCGACCACGCCACAGCCGCGCAUUGGUCGUAAUCACAACACCGGAAAUCGGGCGCGUCGUCGCAAGCUCUACACGCUGGCUUCGGAAGAGCGCCCGCAAAUGCCGCAUAUGCUGAAAUCUUUUUAUGCCGCCAUCAUGGAUAACAAAGAGGUGGCCAAGGCAUUAAAUUUGCUAUCGAAUUGCACCAAGAAUAUUAAACCAGAGAUACAGACCUACAUAAAGCGUUGGAAACCCUACCAUUUUCUCUGGAAGAACGACCGCACAACGCGCCAGCUAAUGGAGUUUGGCUUACAAGAGUUUGAGACGACUUUGCGUUGCUUGGCCGAGUUGGACGCCAAUCUGCUGGUGGAGCCUGAAAUGGAAGUGUUUGGCCAGUGUGUAGCCGUUUACAAUGAGCGCCUCAAAUAUGGCUUGGCAAUUGAGAUCAAGUCUUGCAAUCACAAGAUUGGUCAGGCCAUGAAGAAGAAAUACAAAAAGGAGAUGGACUAUGUCUACGCAGUAAUUAAUGAAAUGGAUAGAAAGUUAGACAGACCGAUACGAGAUCUCGACGAUGUGCGCAUGAUCAUGGAAACCUUAAGUAAAAUAAGGGAACAAGAAGUUGACAUGGAGCUGCGUAUCGACCCAAUAGAAGAAGCCUUCAAUGUGCUCACCCGGUAUGAAGUUCAAGUGGAACGUGAGCAAUUCGACUUAGUAGACAAUUUACGUAGCACAUUCCAAAAUCUGUUGGCCUGCGCGCUACAGGCCCAAGUCAAGUUGCUCGACAUGCAGCCAUCCUUCCAGGAUGAUCUCAGAAAUAAUUUGGAUAAGUUUAAGCAAGACAAGAUACAAUAUGUCAACGAAUACCGCACGGCUGGGCCGAUGCAAGCGGGUCUCACACCACGCGAGGCUUCUGAUCGCUUGAUUUUGUUCCAAAACCGGUUCGAGGGAAUGUGGCGCCGCCUGCAGACAUACCAGAGUGGUGAAGAGUUAUUUGGCUUGCCACAAACUGAUUACCCGGAAUUGGGUCAGAUACGCAAAGAGUUAAAUCUGCUGCAGAAACUCUACAAGCUGUACAAUGACGUAAUCGACCGCGUGAGCAGUUAUUAUGACAUACCCUGGAACGAGGUGGAUAUCGAAGAGAUUAACAAUGAACUGAUGGAGUUCCAAAACCGCUGUCGCAAACUUCCAAAGGGUUUGAAGGAAUGGCCGGCAUUCCAUGCGCUCAAGAAAACCAUCGACGAUUUCAAUGAUAUGUGCCCCCUGUUGGAGCUGAUGGCGAACAAGGCAAUGAAGCCGCGCCACUGGCAGCGCAUCAUGGACGUUACUAAAUAUAUUUUCGAAUUCGACUCGGAAGGCUUCUCAUUGAAGAAUAUAUUGGAGGCACCACUACUGAAACACAAGGAGGAUAUUGAGGAUAUUUGCAUUAGCGCAAUGAAGGAGAAGGAUAUUGAGGCUAAGCUGAAGCAAGUAACGAACGAGUGGUCCGUACACGAAUUACAAUUCAUGAGCUUCAACAAUCGUGGUGAGUUAUUGUUGCGUGGUGAUACAACUGCAGAAACCAUAGGGCAGCUAGAAGACAGCUUAAUGGUGUUGGGCUCACUGCUAUCCAAUCGCUACAACGCACCAUUUCGAAAGCAAAUACAACAAUGGGUUUACGAUCUUUCGAAUUCGAAUGAGAUUUUGGAACGCUGGCUGCUGGUGCAAAACAUGUGGGUGUAUUUGGAGGCUGUCUUUGUUGGUGGCGACAUUGCUAAGCAGCUGCCAAAAGAAGCGAAGCGUUUCUCGAAAAUCGACAAGUCCUGGCAAAAGAUAAUGCAACGCGCCCACGAGACGCCAGGCGUGGUGGCUUGUUGUGUUGGUGACGAUCUCUUGAAGCAGCUUUUGCCUCACUUGCAGGAACAGUUGGAAAUUUGUCAAAAAUCACUCAGUGGCUAUUUGGAGCGCAAGCGCAUGAUGUUUCCGCGUUUCUUUUUUGUCUCCGAUCCGGCGCUGUUGGAAAUUUUGGGUCAGGCCUCCGAUUCGCAUACCAUACAAAAUCAUCUACUCUCCAUUUUCGAUAACACACGCAAGGUGAAAUUUCACGAUAUCGAAUAUAACAAGAUGAUGGCAAUAAUCUCCAGUGAGGGCGAGAUGAUACAGCUGGAUCGUGCGAUUCGCGCCGAGGGUUCCGUCGAGACAUGGCUAACUCAGUUGCUGGUCACAGCACAGCAGUCAUUGCAUUCGAUUAUCCGCACCGCUUAUGCUACAAUAAAUGAUCCAAAUUUCACUUUGUUGGGCUUUUUAGAAAAAGUCCCAGCGCAAAUUGGUCUUUUGGGUAUACAAAUGAUUUGGACACGCGACGCGGAAAUGGCGCUGAUGCAGGCCAGGCAUGAGAGGAAAGUCAUGUCGGAGACGAAUAAUAAGUUUCUAGAAAUUCUAAACACGCUGAUCGAUCAAACAACCAGAAAUUUGACAAAGAUGGAGCGCACCAAUUUCGAAACCUUGAUUACCAUACACGUGCACCAGCGCGACAUUUUCGAUAUAUUGUGCCGUAUGAACAUUAAAUCGGCCAACGAUUUUGAGUGGUUGAAACAGUGUCGUUUUUACUUCAAAGAAGACUUGGACAAGACCUGGAUUUCCGUAACGGAUGUAACUUUCACAUACCAAAAUGAAUACUUGGGUUGUACAGAUCGUUUGGUGAUAACGCCGUUAACUGAUCGUUGCUACAUCACGCUUGCCCAGGCGCUAACACUGAGCAUGGGUGGCGCGCCCUGUGGGCCGGCGGGUACCGGCAAAACGGAGACGGUUAAGGACAUGGGCAAGACGCUGGCUAAAUACGUGGUUGUAUUUAAUUGCUCCGACCAAAUGGAUUACAGGGGACUGGGCCGCAUCUACAAGGGCUUGGCUCAGUCCGGCACUUGGGGCUGCUUCGACGAAUUCAAUCGCAUCGAACUUCCGGUGCUAUCAGUGGCAGCUCAACAAGUUGCAGUUGUGCUCACAGCCAAAAAGGAGAAAAAGAAAACAUUCAUCUUCACCGAUGGUGACACGAUUGAGAUGAAUCCUGAAUUUGGCAUAUUCAUAACAAUGAAUCCCGGUUAUGCUGGACGAAAAGAACUACCUGAAAAUUUAAAAAUACAAUUUCGCACUGUCGCUAUGAUGGUGCCAGACAGACAAAUUAUUAUACGCGUCAAAUUGGCAUCCUGUGGAUUUUUGGAAAAUAUUACCUUGGCGCGCAAAUUCUACACGCUUUACAAGCUUUGUGAGGAGCAAUUAACCAAGCAGGUUCAUUACGACUUUGGCCUGCGAAAUAUACUGUCGGUGCUUCGUACGCUGGGUGCUGCUAAGCGAAGGAACUCGAGGGAUGGCGAGAGUACGAUUGUGAUGCGGGUCCUACGCGAUAUGAACCUCUCGAAGCUGAUCGAUGAAGACGAACCGCUAUUCAUGUCGCUGGUGUCGGAUUUGUUUCCCAAUCAGACGCUCGAAAAGACCAACUACCCAGAGCUGGAAGCGGCGAUUGCACAGCAAACUGAAGAGGCGAAUUUGGUCUACCAUCCUCCAUGGGUUCUUAAACUAAUACAGCUCUACGAGACCCAGACUGUUCGACAUGGCAUUAUGACCUUGGGCCCCAGUGGUGCCGGCAAGACAACUUGCAUCCACACACUGAUGAAGGCACUCACACAGAUGGGCGACAACCAUCGAGAGAUGCGCAUGAAUCCGAAGGCUAUAACGGCAGCACAAAUGUUUGGACGUUUGGAUGUAGCUACCAACGACUGGACCGACGGCAUAUUCUCGGCAUUAUGGCGGAAGACAUUGAAACUUAAAAGUGGCGAGCAUGUUUGGCUCGUACUGGACGGUCCGGUCGAUAGUAUUUGGAUUGAAAAUUUGAACUCAGUAUUGGAUGAUAAUAAAACUUUGACCUUGGCGAAUGGAGAUCGCCUUACAAUGGCGCCCACAGUGAAAAUCAUAUUCGAGCCCCACAAUAUUGACAAUGCUUCGCCGGCAACGGUAUCACGGAACGGCAUGGUUUACAUGAGUUCAUCUGGCUUAGAUUCGAGACCGAUUGUGCAAGCAUGGCUAAAGAAUCGCGCACCUGGUGAGAAGUCGGUUUUCUGGAACCUUUUUGAGCAGACGUUUGUGCAGGUUUACAACUGGGGCACGCAAAACCUCAAGUUGUUGAUGUCGGUGCUGCAGUGCAACAUAGUGCGCCAGAUGCUGUCGAUUUUGGAGGGUUUGGUGCCGGUAAAGAAAGAGGAAGAGCAGGCCGUUAGUAUGUCGAGCAAAGAAACAAACGACGAUGAGCUUCCCGAGGAGCCAGCUGUAGAGGAGAAAGAGGACACUUGCACACCGGAACACUUGCACCGACUGUAUAUCUUCGCGUUGGCUUGGGGCCUCGGUGGAUACCUCAGUACCGUUGAUCGUAAACGCCUGGACCUGUACGUUAAAGAAGCAUUCCCUGAGCUGGACUAUGCACAGGGCACACCCAACGAAAAUAGUAUUUUUGACUUCUUCGUUUCCGAAACAGGCACUUGGCAGGCAUGGAAGACACUGGUCACUCCUUACAUGUAUCCUGAAUUGUCUACGCCGGAUUUCCUAAACAUACUGGUGCCCAUUGUUGACAACGUACGCAUGGAUUACCUAAUUGCCACUAUAGCUAAUCAGGAACGUGCCGUUAUGUUGAUCGGCGAACAGGGUACCGGCAAGACAGUGAUUAUGAAGAACUUUAUGAAGAAGAUGAACUCGGAGUCAUAUAUGGGUCGUUCCUUUAACUUUUCGUCCGCCACCAGUCCCUAUCAAUUUCAGCGCACUAUCGAGAGCUAUGUGGAGAAACGUGUGGGUGUUACAUUUGGACCACCUGGCGGACGUAAACUGAUCGUUUUUAUCGAUGAUGUUAAUUUGCCCGAGAUCAAUGAGUGGGGCGAUCAGGUGACGAAUGAAAUUGUGCGUCAGACCAUGGAUAUGAAGGGCUUCUAUAGUUUGGAAAAGCCGGGUGACUUCACAACAGUUGUAGAUGUGCAGUAUGUUGCCGCUAUGGGUCUGCCGGGUGGUGGUCGUAAUGAUAUACCCUCGCGCUUGAAGCGCCAGUUUUGUGUUUUUAAUUGCAAUAUUCCUGAUGACGAUUCUAUUGAUAAGAUAUUUCGCGUGAUUGGUGAAGGCCAUUACAAUGCCAAGCGCGGUUUCGCGUCUGAGGUGCGUAGCCUUGUGAGGAAGCUCAUUGUUGUGACCCGUCAUUUGUGGCAAUGCACGCGCGAGAAGCUUUUGCCUACACCCGCCAAGUUCCAUUACGUGUUCAGUUUACGUGACCUGUCACGCAUCUGGCAGGGUAUGGUGGGCACUUUGUCAACUGUUAUUACGGCGGAUAGUGUGCUGAUGUCGUUGUGGAAGCACGAAUGUACACGCGUUUUUGCGGAUCGUUUUACCACGUUUCAGGAUAAGGAGUGGUUCAGUUCGGAGUUAGCUUGCCUUGUACGUGAGGAGCUUGGCGAAGCCUAUUCGCAGAUGAUUGUACCGAACCCGGUGUUUGUCGAUUUCAUGCGUGAUGCACCUGAGCCGACGGGUGAGGAGGGGGAAGAUGCUGAUAUGGAAUUACCGAAGGUCUACGAACCGGUGAAUUCUCAUGAAGUGCUCCGGGAGCGUCUCGUUAUGUUUCUCGCACAAUUCAAUGAAAUGGUACGAGGCUCUGGGAUGGAUCUGGUCUUCUUCCCAGAUGCAAUGUUGCAUUUGGUGAAGAUUUCUCGAAUCAUUCGGCAUCCGAGGGGAAAUGUCAUGCUUGUCGGGGUCGGUGGAUCGGGUAAACAAUCAUUAACAAAAUUGGCAUCAUUUAUAGCUGGCUACAAAACAUUCCAAAUUGCUCUGACACGUUCGUAUAAUGUGGCCAACUUUCUGGAGGAUUUGAAAUUAUUGUAUCGCACCUGUGGUGUCCAAGGCAAGGGUACAACGUUCCUCUUUACCGACAUGGAUAUAAAAGAAGAGGGCUUUCUUGAAUACCUUAAUAAUAUAUUAUCGUCUGGUGUGAUAUCAAAUCUUUUUUCGCGAGACGAACAAGCCGAAAUUGUACAAGAAUUGACGCCGGUAAUGAAACGAGAGAAUCAACGCAAAACAGCGACCCCGGAAAGUGUGAUGGAGUUUUUCUUGGCCCGCACUUGCGCCAAUCUGCAUGUGGCGUUUUGUUUCUCACCGGUCGGUGAAACAUUCCGAUCGAGGGUGCAACGAUUUCCGGCACUGGUGUCCGGCUGCACCAUCGAUUGGUUCCAGCCAUGGCCAAAGGAUGCACUCGUCUCGGUGGCAAGACACUUUCUGAGUGACUUUGAAAUUGAGUGUACACCGGCCGUGAAGGAAGAAUUGGUCAACGCACUUGGAUCUAUACAGGAUAUCGUAGCGGAAACAUCAUUAGAAUACUUUCAGCGUUUUAGGCGUGCCACGCACGUAACACCGAAGUCCUAUUUGAAUUUCAUAGCGGGCUAUAAAAAUAUAUACCAGCAAAUACAGAAAGAGUUACGCGAUGGCGUGGAAAAGAUGGACACCGGGUUAGAAAAAUUAAAAGAAGCCUCUGCCUCCGUAGAAAUAUUGAAAAAAGACUUAGUAGUUAUGGAGGAGGAGCUAGUAGAGGCCUCAAAGAAUGCCGAAUCGGUGUUGGUGGAAGUGACUGAAAGAGCGAUGCAAGCCGAAACCGUCAAAAAUCAAGUACUGAUUGUGAAAGAUAAGGCUGAGGCGUUGGUGGCUUACAUUGCACAGGAGAAAGCACUUGCUGAGGAAAAGCUGGAGGCAGCCAAGCCGGCGCUAGAGGAGGCCGAAAUGGCGUUGAACACCAUUAAGCCGGCGCAUAUUGCAACGGUGCGUAAGUUGGGCCGACCACCGCACUUAAUCAUGAGAAUUAUGGAUUGCGUACUGAUAUUAUUCAAACGGAAAUUACAUCCUUGCAUACCAGAUUCCGGAACACCGUGUCCAAAGCCCUCGUGGCAGGAAUCGUUAAAAUUGAUGGCCAGCGCGACAUUUUUGCUACAACUACAAAACUAUCCAAAAGACACAAUAAACGAUGAGAUGAUCGAUUUGCUGCAGCCGUACUUUCGCAUGGAGGACUAUAACAUGGACAUGGCCAGACGCGUUUGUGGCGACGUCGCUGGCUUGUUGUCCUGGACAAAAGCUAUGUCCUGCUUUCACAGUGUGAAUAAGGAAGUAUUGCCACUAAAAGCAAAUCUGACUUUACAGGAGGCGCGUUUGAAGCUAGCCAUGGACGACUUAGCUGGUGCUGAAGAGCAGUUGCGCGAGCGUGAAGAGGCACUUCAGGCUGUCAAAAAUCAAUAUGACAAAGCUGUGGGUGAAAAACAACGACUCACCGAUGCGGCCAACGUGUGUCUGCGCAAAAUGACUGCAGCCACAGCAUUAAUAAAUGGACUCUCAGAUGAAAAGCAUCGUUGGACCAAUCAGAGCAAAGAGUUUAAGAUACAACUGGGCAAAUUGGUUGGUGAUGUUUUGCUGGCGACAGGCUUUCUUUCUUAUUGCGGUCCAUAUAAUCAGGAGUUCCGUGCGAAUUUAAUUAAAACCUGGAUGGGCAUUCUAAAACAAAAGAAUAUACCAUUCACCACGGGCUUGAAUAUCAUUAACAUGCUCGUCGAUUCGUCCACUGUGUCGGAGUGGACACUGCAGGGUUUGCCAAAUGAUGAGCUGUCUGUACAAAAUGCCUUGAUUGCCACAAAAUCGAGUAGUUAUCCAUUGUUAGUCGAUCCGCAGACACAGGGAAAACUGUGGAUCAAGUCAAAAGAGGGCGAUAAUGAAUUGCAGAUCACAUCGCUGAAUCAUAAAUACUUCCGUACACAUUUAGAAGACUCACUGUCGCUUGGGCGGCCGUUGUUGAUUGAGGACGUCGGCACCGAGCUGGAUCCAGUGCUCGACAAUGUAUUGGAGAAGAACUUCAUCAAGUCGGGUAGCAUAGAGAAGGUCUUGGUGGGCGACAAGGAGUGCGAUGUAAUGCCAGGCUUUAUGUUAUACAUCACCACCAAACUACCAAAUCCGCCUUUUAGUCCGGAGGUUAGCGCAAAAACGUCUAUCAUUGAUUUCACCGUCACAAUGCGUGGGCUCGAGGAUCAACUAUUAGGGCGAGUGAUUCUUAUGGAGAAGUCAGAUUUGGAAGCAGAGCGUGUCGCACUUUUUGAAACGGUUAUGACCAAUCAGCGCAAAAUGAAAGAAUUGGAGGCGAAUUUGUUGUAUCGGCUUAGUUCUUCACAAGGUUCGUUGGUGGACGAUGAGGCGCUUAUAGAAGUGCUGCGUGUUACAAAAACCACGUCCGAAGAGGUCAAUCAGAAGUUAAAAAUUUCCGAAGUGACCGAACGUAAGAUAAUGAAGGCACGUGAAGAGUUCCGUGCAGUGGCUGCGCGUGGUUCAGUGCUUUACUUCCUGAUUGUCGAGAUGAGUAACGUGAAUGUUAUGUAUCAGAAUUCGUUAAAACAAUUUUUGGUUAUCUUCAAUAACUCCAUUACAAAAUCGACCAAAUCAAAUGUGACCGAGGAGCGCAUACUAAUUAUUUUACGCUAUCUGACCUAUGAGGUCUACAAGUUCACGAAUCGCAGCUUAUAUGAGCGGCACAAGCAGCUGUUCACUUUGAUGUUGGCCAUCAAAAUCGACUAUCACAACGGCAACGUAACGCAUGAGGAGUUCAUGUCCUUUGUGAAGGGCGGUGCUUCGCUUGAUUUGAAUGCCGUAACACCAAAACCAUUCCGCUGGAUUUUGGACAUCACCUGGCUGAAUUUAGUGGAGAUAAGUAAAUUGGAAACGUUCUCAAAUGUUUUGACGCUGAUCGAAUCAAAUGAAAAGGAAUGGCGUUUUUGGUAUGAAGCUGAAAAACCCGAAAAUGAAGAGAUCCCCUGUGGCUAUCAAGAAUCUUUGGAUGGUUUCCGCAAGUUGUUGUUAGUACGCUCUUGGUGUCCAGAUCGCACAAUUUCGCAAGCGAAGAAAUACAUAGAGGAAUCUUUGGGCCCUGAAUACAGCGAAAUGCAAAUUUUGGAUCUUGAAGUUACUUGGGCAGAAUCGGAGCCACGCACACCAUUCGUUUGCCUGCUGUCCAUUGGGUCAGAUCCUACCACACAAAUCGGCGCUUUGGCCAAGCAGAAGGGCAUACCUUUGAAAUCGGUAUCCAUGGGCCAGGGACAAGAAUGCCAUGCACGCAAAAUGAUAAUGGACUCAAUGUCCGGCGGUGGCUGGGUGUUGUUGCAGAAUGUUCAUCUCUCAUUGCCAUUCUGUUCGGAGGUCAUUGAUAUGUUGGUGGAGACGGAACACAUCGACGAUACGUUCCGCAUGUGGGUGACCACAGAGCCACAUGCAGAUUUUCCAAUAGGCUUACUUCAAAUGGCUAUUAAAUUCACCAAUGAGCCACCGCAGGGCAUACGCGCAAGUCUCAAGCGCAGCUACCAGGCUUUCACGCAGGACUUUCUCGAUUACACCGCAGCGUCACAAUGGCCACCACUGCUAUAUACAGUGGCAUUUCUGCACACCAUCGUGCAGGAGCGUAGGAAAUUCGGACCACUUGGUUGGAAUAUACCGUAUGAGUUUAAUCAGGCGGAUUUUGCGGCGAGCGUGCAAUUCAUACAGAAUCACUUGGAUGAAAUGGAUCCGAAGAAGGGAGUCUCAUGGCAGACGCUUGUCUAUAUGAUUGGAGAGGUGCAGUAUGGUGGUCGCGUGACUGAUGAUUUUGAUAAAAGGCUGCUGACCACAUUCACUGCCGUGUGGUUUUGCGAGGGACUAUUGAGCAACUCAUUCGAAUUCUACAAAGGAUAUAAAGUGCCGAAUACGAAGAGUUUGCAAGGAUUCGUUGAUUAUAUAAACAGCUUGCCGGCUUAUGACACACCAGAAGUUUUUGGCUUGCAUUCCAAUGCUGACAUCACGUACCAGAUUAAUUCGGCUAAAGGCAUUCUAGACACCAUAUUGAGUGUACAACCCAAGGAGGGUGGUGGUGGUGGUGGAGAGACGCGCGAAAGCAUUGUCUAUCAACUAGCCGACGACAUGCUGCGUAAGCUUCCGUCACAGUACAACGCCUACGAGGUGCGUGAGAAUCUGAUGCGCAUGGGAAUUCUCCUGCCAAUGAAUAUCUUUCUCAGACAAGAAAUUGAUCGCAUGCAGAAAGUGAUUAAGAAGGUGUACACCUGCCUGUGCGACCUGAAAUUGGCAAUUGAUGGCACGAUUGUGAUGAGUCCUGCAUUGAAGGAGUCCUUGGAUGCCAUGUAUGAUGCACGCAUACCGGAAUCUUGGAUGAAGAUAUCCUGGGAAUCGACGACCCUGGGCUUUUGGUAUACUGAGCUACUGGAACGCAACGCACAAUUUCGCACUUGGAUAUCAACAGAUCGCCCGAAAGUCUUUUGGAUGACGGGAUUCUUUAAUCCUCAAGGAUUUUUAACAGCUAUGCGUCAAGAAGUGACACGCGCACAUAAGGGUUGGGCUCUGGACUCGGUGGUAUUGCAAAAUCAAAUAACCCGCUAUAACAAGGAAGACAUCGCCGAAUACCCCACCGAAGGUGUCUACGUGCAUGGCCUGUUUCUGGAAGGCGCUUCGCUGGAAAGACGCAGCGGCAAAUUGGUUGAGUCGAAGAUGAAAGUGCUCUACGAACAAAUGCCCGUCAUUUACAUCUACGCCAUCAACACGACGGCAGGUAAGGACCCCAAACUCUACGAGUGUCCGAUCUAUCGCAAACCACAACGAACCGACGCGAAAUAUGUCGGCUCCAUUGACUUUGAGACGGAUUUCAAUCCGAAGCAUUGGACAUUGCGUGGCGUGGCUUUAUUGUGUGACAUUAAAUAAACGAAAUGCUUAACUUAUUUGCAUAAUGCCGAAGAAGGGGAGGGGCUGUUUGGCAGCGAUGGCAGUGAUGAGAAUGUAAAGUUUGCCGUCACGUGCUUCCGGUUUGCAAAGCAGCUUUGUGUGUCUGUAAAUUAUGUAUGUAUGCGUUAUUUGUGCGCUUGAUUCUGAUGGACAUAUGUGUAUGUAUGUAUGUAUAUGUGUUGCUACAUAUAGACGAAUAAUAAAGAAGGAAAAGCGU